CGCGGCGGCGGCCGCGAAGAGCUGUGCCUUCCACCUCUCCAGCCCCGGCAGGACGGGGGCGACCGCCGCGGGCCCGGGGCGGGGACAGCACGCAGCCUCGAGGCGCUCACCCCCGCCCGGCAGCGUCCCCGACACCCGGGGCGAGCGGGAAAGCGGCGGCGGCGGCGGCGGUGGGGGAAGGAUGCAGGGCAAGAAGCCGGGCGGCUCAUCGGGCGGCGGCCGGAGCGGCGAGCUGCAGGGGGACGAGGCGCAGAGGAACAAGAAGAAGAAAAAGAAGGUGUCCUGCUUCUCCAACAUCAAGAUCUUCCUGGUGUCCGAGUGCGCCCUGAUGUUGGCUCAGGGCACGGUGGGCGCCUACCUGGUGAGCGUCCUGACCACGCUGGAGCGCAGGUUCAACCUGCAGAGCGCCGACGUGGGCGUGAUCGCCAGCAGCUUCGAGAUCGGGAACCUGGCGCUCAUCCUCUUCGUGAGCUACUUCGGGGCGCGCGGGCACCGGCCGCGCCUCAUCGGCUGCGGCGGCAUCGUCAUGGCGCUGGGCGCGCUGCUGUCGGCGCUGCCCGAGUUCCUGACGCACCAGUACAAGUACGAGGCGGGCGAGAUCCGCUGGGGCGCCGAGGGCCGCGACGUCUGCGCCGCCAACGGCUCGGGCGGCGACGAGGGGCCCGACCCCGACCUCAUCUGCCGCAACCGGACGGCCACCAACAUGAUGUACUUGCUGCUCAUUGGGGCCCAGGUGCUCCUGGGCAUCGGUGCUACCCCCGUGCAGCCCCUGGGGGUCUCCUACAUCGACGACCACGUGCGGAGGAAGGACUCCUCGCUCUACAUAGGAAUCCUGUUCACGAUGCUGGUAUUUGGACCAGCCUGCGGGUUUAUCCUGGGCUCUUUCUGUACCAAAAUCUACGUGGAUGCGGUCUUCAUUGACACAAGUAACCUGGACAUCACUCCGGACGACCCCCGCUGGAUCGGAGCCUGGUGGGGUGGCUUUCUGCUCUGCGGUGCCUUACUCUUCUUCUCUUCCCUCUUGAUGUUCGGGUUUCCACAGUCCCUGCCCCCGCACUCAGACCCCGCCAUGGAGAGCGAGCAGGCCAUGCUCCCCGAAAGAGAAUACGAGAGACCCAAGCCCAGCAACGGGGUCCUGAGGCACCCCCUGGAGCCAGACAGCAGUGCCUCCUGCUUCCAGCAGCUGAGAGUGAUCCCGAAGGUCACCAAGCACCUGCUCUCCAACCCUGUGUUCACCUGCAUCAUUCUGGCCGCCUGCAUGGAGAUUGCGGUGGUGGCUGGCUUCGCUGCCUUCUUGGGGAAGUACCUGGAGCAGCAGUUUAACCUCACCACCUCUUCUGCCAACCAGCUGCUCGGGAUGACCGCGAUCCCGUGUGCCUGUCUGGGGAUCUUCCUGGGCGGGCUCCUGGUGAAGAAGCUCAGCCUGUCUGCCCUGGGGGCCAUUCGGAUGGCCAUGCUCGUCAACCUGGUGUCCACGGCUUGCUACGUCUCCUUCCUCUUCCUGGGCUGUGACACGGGCCCCGUGGCUGGGGUUACUGUUCCCUACGGAAACAACUCGGCACCUGGCUCGGCCCUGGACCCCUACUCGCCCUGCAAUAAUGACUGUGAAUGCCAGACCGAUUCCUUCACUCCAGUGUGCGGGGCGGACGGCAUCACCUACCUGUCUGCCUGCUUUGCUGGCUGCAACAGCACGAACCUCACGGGCUGUGCGUGCCUCACCACCGUCCCCCCUGAGAACGCGACUGUGGUUCCCGGAAAGUGCCCCAGUCCCGGCUGCCAGGAGGCCUUCCUCACCUUCCUCUGCGUGAUGUGCAUCUGCAGCAUGAUCGGUGCCAUGGCCCAGACACCCUCCGUCAUCAUCCUCAUCAGGACAGUCAGCCCUGAACUCAAGUCCUACGCCCUGGGAGUUCUUUUUCUCCUCCUCCGUUUGUUGGGUUUCAUCCCCCCACCCCUCAUCUUCGGGGCCGGUAUCGACUCCACCUGCCUGUUCUGGAGCACGUUCUGCGGGGAGCAAGGCGCCUGCGUCCUCUACGACAACGUGGUCUACAGAUACCUGUACGUCAGCAUCGCCAUCGCGCUCAAGUCCUUCGCCUUCGUCCUCUACACCACCACGUGGCAGUGCCUGAGGAAAAACUAUAAACGCUACAUCAAAAACCACGAGGGCGGGCUGAGCACCAGUGAGUUCUUUGCCUCUACUCUGACCCUAGACAACCUGGGGAGGGACCCUGUGCCCGCACACCAGACACAUAGGACAAAGUUUAUCUAUAACCUGGAAGAUCAUGAGUGGUGUGAGAACAUGGAGUCCGUUUUAUAGUGACUAAAGAGGGCUGAACUCUGUAUGAGUGAUCAAAGGGUCAUUUUUCUUAAAAAAGAAAAAAUGGUUUCCAAAAAAAAAAAAAAAAACCAAAACUCAACAUACACACACAAACACACACACACACACACAACCUUUGUCCUUCUCCUCAAAAUCAGAGCCAGACAGGCUUCAGAAUCAGGAGAGAAUGGGAUCGUGUGUUUGACGUGCAGCAGGUCCCGGAGGACACUCGCACUGCUGGCCGCAGAGUCUGCUUUGAAGGCACCUCAUGGUUUUCAGGAUGCCAACAGCUGCAAGCAACAGGCACUGCCAAAUUCAGGGAACAGUGGUGGCCAGCUUGGAGGAUGGACAUUUCUGGAUAUACAUACACAUACAAAACAAAACAAACAUUUUUUAAAAAGUCUACUAAAA